AUGGAUCACCCUGAUACUCCUUCUCCUCCUUCUCCUUUAUCGCGUAAUUAUAAUGGAAAUACGGGGCCUAAUUUAACCGGUUUACCGCUUAAUAAGCAAGGCUACUCUAUAAUGAAAUCCUCGUCAAAUCGGCAUGCCAUUCGGAUAGCCAAUCUUCCUCCACUCAACCUCUCCCGAAAAUCAUCACUAGAAUAUAAUUAUACCUCUCAUAGUCCAUCAUAUGCUACCUCGGCCAUCCUCUCCAGUCGCAGCAUGAGCACGGACACGCAUCCCCAAGUACCCGAUCCCAACCCAUCCAACCAAAAACUCCUGGAGGCUUGCCAAAACGUUUCAUUUCUCUCCACUCUUAUACACACAACUCUCUAUAAAUGUCUCGACUUUUGUGUUAGCGAUAAACUCACUGGAACACUCUUACCCUCUUUGCAAAAUUCGAGGUCAUGUACAGACAAACUGGCUAUGGCACUUCAUCAAAUCGAUUACCAAAUGGCUCGGCAGCCAUCACCAAGCCCAGCAUUUGAGAUUGAUCUCGUCAAGGUUGCCAAGGCUUGCAUCAUUUCGCUCCGAGAACUUUGCAAGCGGGUUAAAGAUUGUCUCAGCCUAUUUGUUCAUAUCCUGGAUCCUAAACAUGCUAGGAAUUUGGUGAUGACUCUUCAUUGCGCCACAGUAGACCUCAAAGAAGCCUGGGAAAUGAUCAUUUCUCUUCCCGUAGCUGUCCACACCUUAUCUCUUCAACCGAACCUUUCGGCUCCCACGGACUUUCAUUCUACCAAUAAUCAUCAUCCCUCCCUACCUCGUGCUAGAUCUGCAAGUGAGCACCAUGCGGCCUCACCUGCCAUGUCACCCCUCGCUUCUCCCUGUACAGCUGAAGAUAGUACUCAAUUGCUUGGGCAUCUCAAAUUAGCUGUCACUGGCUCACUUCAUGUAGUUGACUUACUUAAUCUAUCCAUUGAAGCGUCCACAGGAACUGAUACCCUAAAGCAAAAGCUCCACUCGCUCGGCAGGCAAGCCCAGCAAGCAGUUGAUAUGGCCCUAUGUUUAGACAAGAGUUUAGAGAACAUCAUGGCAAAAGGAAACGGACUCGGUAUGAAUUCCUUGUUCACUUCUUCUACAUCCCAGCUACCCAACAUUGUGUCACCACCUAGCCCUUCUUUACACAAGGAUUCAAGCCGAAAAUUGUGGGAAGAUACAACAGCAUACUUAAAGUCUAUUCUAUCGGUGAUGAGCUCUAUACGGUCUAUUUCUACUGAAGAAGACUUUACUUGGCCAAAGGCAGUUAAACAAGGAUGCCUACACGUUACACGAGUGACAGCGGAAGUAGCAAAAUUAUGGAACAACUACAGCAUAUUCGCAAAACAUGGCUAUUAUCUUGGAAAGGGAGACAAUUCUAGCAAACAACAUGCGACGCACAGAAGUAUGAGUGGUAUUGACACCAGUCAGGCAUAUGCAACUCCUUCAUUUGAACCAACAUCUACCAUGCGUAGACACAAGAGUCAGACCAGCUAUGGCAUGAGGAGCAUGAGUAACAAAACAGAAACUUGAUUAUUUUAUUAAAGAUAAUGUCGAUUGUUUUUUAUGGGUUUCAUAAUCCACAAAGAUAUGAUAGUAAGCGCUACAUAAUUUACUCCCGAAGCAUUGUAGGAAUCAAUAUUUAAACCCAAGGAAAACACGAAUCAAUUGUAUAUACAUGUCUAUACACACAAACACACACACAUACAUAUAUAUGUAUGUAUGUAUGUAUGUAUGUAUGUAUGUAUAUUUAUUUAUAAAGCAAAUAACCUUGGGUCA